AUGGCGCACUUUGACCUGGCCUCGGACAAGCCUCCCACUUACCCUUCCGAGUGGUUCAGGAAUAACCCGGGUCAAAAACCUCCCAGGGAGGUCCAUCUUGUACCCGACAACCGUCGCGGAAAUCUGCAUUCAACUGUCCGGAUCCAGUUCGCCGCGGGGACUCUCUCCCCUGCUGUUGCAACCGCGUUCAUCUGGUACGAUUUAUCCAGGGAACAGUACACUCUGUCGAAAGACUGGACGUCAUUUAAUGUGGUGAUCGGUACCAGAGGGUCUCGCGUCAACAUUUCGAAUUUUACAGCGGUGAUCGAGCAGACGAGUAACCUCGAUCUAGUGGCUGAGAACGUUCUGUUCGAUGCGAAGGAGUUGAGAAGGUACGUGAUUGCGGUGGCAUGCGUGCUUAGGAUCAUUGGGAUAGAUAGAGAAGAAUAUCGCGAGCAGGUGAUCACCCACAUGAACGCGUUAAUAACGCAAGCCCCCGGCACCGAAAUCAACUUGGAUCAAGUAUAUAUCCAUUAUAAAACAUGGGCCACGUAUACCCAGUACUCCAAAUGUCUUGCCUUUGCAGACAUGUUCCUAGCCGAGUUCCCAGCUCACCCGUUGGCUGGCUUGCGGAUGGGGUCGAUAGUUUGUCGAAUGCGCGAUUGUUCGGCUCUGGUGGCAACUUUCUACAUCUUAAAAAUGUUUGGGAUGACAAUCGGAGACUUCGCCCUCUGGAUUUGGACCAAGCCAGUGGCCGCACAAUAUGAUCAGGUCACAGUCGGGGGCGAAGAAAUGGACCAGCCCAGAUCCUAUGCGCUCUAUUUCCGAGAUCUCGGAUUGUCAGACAAGUCCCCAUACUCCGCUCCGUCAAACGCUGAUCUCCAUCUCUUUUUGCAUACUCUCGAGGUGACCGAAGACUCAGAAAGGUCCGUCAGAGCACGACAAGUUGGCACCCCACUGAAAAACGCAAGAAUAUUCACAUGA